AUGUUCCAGCUGGGCUUAAUUAGCCCCAUCCAGACUAGGUUUCCAGGAGGCGCUGGCGGCGGUGCUGCCUUGGCCUGUGUGACUGGCGGCACCUGCACAGCCUCGGGCUGGAAAGGGUACAAGAGGACCAACGAAGAGCCUCUCCCUAAAAAGGUCCGUCUGAGUGAAACAGACUUCAAAGUUAUGGCACGGGAUGAGUUAAUUCUAAGAUGGAAACAAUAUGAAACAUAUGUUCAAGCUUUGGAGGGGAAAUACACAGAUCUUAAUUCAAAUGACGUGACUGGCUUAAGGGAAUCUGAAGAAAAACUAAAGCAGCAACAGCAGGAGUCUGCACGCAGGGAAAACAUUCUUGUCAUGCGGUUAGCAAGCAAGGAGCAGGAGAUGCAAGAGUGUACUAGUCAGAUCCAGUACCUCAAGCAAGUCCAGCAGCCGAGUGUCGCCCAACUAAGAUCAACAAUGGUAGACCCAGCGAUCAACUUGUUUUUCCUAAAAAUGAAAGGUGAACUGGAACAGACUAAAGACAAACUGGAACAAGCCCAAAAUGAACUGAGCGCCUGGAAGUUUACGCCUGAUAGGUAAACAAACCAUACUCCCCAGUCAAGACUUCCCUGACAGUCCCACCUCGAGAAAGCUGUGGUGGGACAGCCAAGUACUCGUUUCCACUCUAAGACUCAGACUUUUUGAGCCAAAAAAGCCACAUUCUUAUACUGUCCAGCUUGUAAUGGUUAAUGUAAAACUUACCAGAUGAACCUUGUGUUUCAGCUUUUCUCUUCCCCUCCCCCUUGCUUCAGAGGCCUGAUGCCGUUGGACUAUUCCGAAGAAGAGGCCACCUCCGAAAAAUUCCCCUUCUAGAACAUGUAGACAUUUGAGAAAUGUUUCUGUUUGAAAAAAUAGAGGGGAAAACAGAAGUCUUAAGACUGUGGCACACUGUGUCUUCAGACAGUUUGGAGGAUUGAAAACCUAGAGGUUUUAAAUCAUGAAUUGAACAUGUAAAAUUCCAGUAAAAUGUAAAAAUGGAAUAUGCAUCGCUCUUAACCUUGAGCAUAGUGACUUAGAGACACUGUACAUCAGUUAUGCCAAUAAGACUGUGGACUUCAUGACUGUUGAACUACUGGGUCAAAACUCAAAUGAGGUGAAUUUUGCCUUUAAAGGGUUUACGUGCUAAGAACCAACUUCUAAUAGCUGUGAGACAAUUGAGUUGUAGCUACCAGUACAAGUAGUGCAUAUAUUUAUCCAUUAGCUCUGAGCUCUAUAUUACAUAAUGGAGCCUUAAAUCUAUGUGGUUCUUAUCAAUGGUUUGUUCUCUGAAUGGUUGUGGAAACUGUAGAUAACCUUUACGAGGUCUGUACAAACAUGAAGGUGUUUGAAGCAUUCAUUUCACAACUAGAUUGUAUAAGGUACUGGCUGUGAUGAGACUGCCGUUAUUCAGUAAACCUCAUCUCAUUCAGCAGGCACAUGUUAAACAGCAUUGUCGUUGGUGUUAAAUGGGGGAAUGUGUUCCUUCAUUGUAUUUGGGUCUUUUUGUAUUGAAUUCUUGAUAUUAAAUUAAAUGUGCCUUGAAAUA